AUGGCGUCGAGAAAAAUGAUUCUUCUUGGCCUUUUGAUGUGUCUUUCAUGUUCGUGGGUAUCUAAAGCAUUGGAAGGAGAUGCAAAAGUUAGGGAAGACGUGAAAGAUGUAACGAUACAAACACAACGUGGUGGAUCUUGCGACAACGAUCCCGUUUGUCGUGAUUUUUGUCCAGGUUGUUUACUAACAAAAUGUAUCUUCAAACAAUGUGUUUGCGAACAAUGUACCCCUCCGAAACCAAAGUUGGAAGCUGGAGGACAGCCUUGCGAAGGCGACGACAACGAAACUUGCCGUAAGUAUUGUCCCGGCUGUAAAAUUGUAGAAUGUUUCUUGAGACAAUGUAUUUGCACCAAGUGUUCUCCCCCUCAUCCACUACUGCAUGCUUAA